ACACACAAAAUUUAAGUGACUUUAUAACCUACCAGAUUUAUCAUGCUAACACUGAAUAAAACAGACCUAAUGCCAGCUUCGUUUAUUCUGAGUGGAGUCCCAGGACUGGAGGACACACAACUCUGGAUUUCCUUUCCAUUCUGCUCUAUGUAUGUUGUGGCUAUGGUAGGGAACUGUGGACUCCUCUACCUCAUUCGCUAUGAGGAUGCCCUGCACAAACCCAUGUACUACUUCUUGGCCAUGCUUUCCUUUACUGACAUUGUCAUGUGCUCUAGUACAGUCCCUAAAGCCCUCUGCAUCUUCUGGUUUCAUCUCAAGGACAUUGGAUUUGAUGAGUGCCUUGUCCAGAUGUUCUUCAUCCACACCUUCACAGGGAUGGAGUCUGGGGUGCUUAUGCUUAUGGCCCUGGAUCGCUAUGUGGCCAUCUGCUACCCCUUACGCUAUUCAACCAUCCUCACCAAUCCUCUCAUCACAAAGGUUGGGCUUGCCACCUUCCUGAGAGGGGUACUGCUCAUUAUUCCCUUCACUUUCCUCACCAAGCGCCUGCCCUACUGCAGAGGCAAUAUACUUCCCCAUACCUACUGUGACCACAUGUCUGUAGCCAAAUUGUCCUGUGGUAAUGUCAAGGUCAAUGCCGUCUAUGGUUUGAUGGUUGCCCUCCUGAUUGGGGGCUUUGACAUACUGUGUAUCACAGCCUCCUAUACCAUGAUUCUCCGGGCAGUGGUCAGCCUCUCCUCAGCAGAUGCUAGACAGAAGGCCUUUAAUACCUGCAGUGCCCACAUUUGUGCCAUUGUUUUCUCCUACACUCCAGCUUUCUUCUCCUUCUUUUCCCACCGCUUUGGGGAACACACAAUCCCCUCUUCUUGCCACAUCAUUGUAGCCAAUAUUUAUCUGCUCCUACCUCCCACUAUGAACCCUAUUGUCUAUGGGGUGAAAACCAAACAGAUACGAGACUGUGUCAUAAGGCUCCUUUCAGGUUCUAAGGAUACCAAAUCCCAUAGCAUAUGAAUGAACACUUCGAAGGA